AUGGAAGAACAAGAUCUACCAUUCAAAACAACAGAAGCCCCAAAUAGAAGUUGCCUCUGCUCCAAAAUCUACGACCCAGUGUGCGCUUCAAACUACCAGUCAUAUUUCAAUCUAUGUUUCUUAGAAUGUAAGGUUUCAAAGACAGAUAAUGUAAGCGUAGUACAUCAAGGCAAUUGUAUACCGUUUUAGAUAUAAGCGUGAGUUAUUAAAGGUAGCUAUGGCGUUUUUGUUUUAUUGGUUUUUCCCUGAAUAGAUUUGAGAAUAAUCUUAAAGUAGGUUUUAGACAUGGAGAACGAAAUUACUAGCGGAGAUGCCAUAACACAAAAUCUCGUAAAAAAGUAGCGCAGUACCAAAGCGUUAUCCUACCGUACAUUACCGUGACCUACAAGAACACGUCUGACCUACCUUCCUUAUGGCAUCUCCGCUUUUUUUCUUUCCU